AAAAAAAAAACAAAAUCUAUAGCAAUAAAAGACGUCGAACCCGAUUGGCGUUCCUUCCUGGCUGCCAUUUAACCCGGUUUGGAAGAAGGAAAAAGCGGGGAGGAGAUAGAGAUAACGAGAGGGAGUGGAAGGAAGGAUGGGCGGAGCAUCUCUUCUCUCUGCGCUCGCUUGUGGAGUGAGCUCUUCCUCCAUUGGAGCUCCCCCGCACUCAUUCCUAUGCCCCACUCCCAACCGGAGGAGGAAAUCGCGCAGGAAAGUUCGGUGUGCGCCCAUCACUGCCCAGUUUGAGCUCAAGCCUCCUCCAUACCCAUUGGACUCGUUGGAGCCGCACAUGAGCCGGGAGACGUUGGAGCAUCACUGGGGCAGGCAUCACCGGGGCCAUGUGGACAGCCUCAACGCCCGAAUUGCCGGGACCCAACUGGAAGAAAUGGAGCUGGAGGACGUCGUCGUCGCCUCCUACAACAAGGGAAGCCCUCUACCUCCGUUCGUCCAUGCCGCCCAGGUCUGGAAUCAUGACUUCUUCUGGCGAUCCAUGGAACCAGGUGGCGGAGGGAAGCCAUCCGGAGAGCUCAUGGGAUUGAUCGAGAGGGACUUUGGUUCGUUCGAGCGAAUGCUGAAGGAGUUCAAAGAAGCUGCAUCGACCCAGUUCGGUUCUGGUUGGGCUUGGCUUGCAUACAAGGCGAAUAGGUUAGAUGUGGGGAAUGCUGUAAAUCCUUGUCCCUCCGAAAAGGACAACAAGCUUGUGAUAGCAAAGACUCCAAAUGCUGUGAAUCCUUUGGUUUGGGAUUACUCGCCCCUCCUUGCCGUUGAUGUUUGGGAGGUAUGUGAUUUUUCUUUUCUUUUCUUUCUUUCUUUCUUUGUCUUCUUUUUCUUGAAGUUGUACUCUGGCUGGCAAAGAGCAUGUACUGAUCUACCGUUAAUGUUUCGGUGCAAAUUUGUUCUGUUUGUGCAGCAUGCUUACUACCUUGACUAUGAGAAUCGGAGAGCUGAUUAUGUGUCCAUUUUUAUGGAAAAGCUUGUUUCAUGGGACAUUGUUAGCUCGAGGCUUCACAUAGCAACGGCUCGAGCAGCAGAGAGAGCAAGAGAAGAUGAGAGGAGAAGACGAGAAGAUGAUGUAGAAAUCACUAACAGAGAGGCUGUGGAGAUGUAUGUAGACAGCGACAAUGAUUCAGAGCCUGAAUGAAACAAACCAUGUUGUUUACUUUUACCAUAUGCCAAGAUAGUUAUGCGCAACUAAUGGUGAGCAGCUGGUAUUAUUUGGUUAAUAUAGGAGCACCUCUCUUCCAGUAGAA